UUUUCAUAAAACAUUUUAGAAUCUCAAAAGAAAUUUUUAAAAAUAUAUUUCCGACUUUUACCUCACCUAACAACUUGCAUUUAAAAUUAUUCAAUUUUUGUAGGAAAGUAGUUUUAGAUUCAAUAAGGAAAAAACGGACAAUGUCUGUGGAUAUUGAGGCAACUUAUAAGAAAGUCUCGCAGCUUGAACACGUUCUUCUUCGACCUGAUACUUAUAUAGGGUCUAUUCAAUACACACAAACGUCGACAUGGGUCUACGAUUCAGAAGCCGAUAAACUUGUUUAUCGAGAAAUAUCCUAUGUGCCUGGAUUGUACAAGAUAUUUGAUGAAAUCCUUGUAAAUGCUGCUGACAAUAAACAAAGGGAUCCCAAAAUGAAUACAAUCAAAGUUGAUAUUGACAAGGAAAAUAAUUCGAUCUCUGUUUGGAAUAAUGGUCGUGGAAUUCCUGUUGUUAUGCACAAGGUUGAAAAGAUGUAUGUGCCAGAGAUGAUUUUUGGGACGUUGCUUACCUCUUCGAACUACAAUGACAACGAGAAAAAGACAACUGGUGGUCGAAAUGGUUAUGGGGCUAAGCUGACCAAUAUUUUUAGCAAAAAGUUUACUGUUGAAACUUCUAGUUCUGAGUAUGGUCGGAAAUUCAAGCAGACUUGGGUUAAUAGUAUGAAAAAGCAAGGGGAAGCAACAAUUUUGGAUAGUACAAAGGAUGAUUACACAAAAGUUGUUUUUCAACCAGAUUUGAAGCUUUUCAAAAUGGAAGAAUUGGAUGAUGAUAUUAUUGGAUUAAUGUCACGUCGAGCAUAUGAUAUGGCUGGGACAACUCGUGGAGUUAAAGUUUUUCUGAAUGGAAAGAAGAUCCCUUGUCAAGGCUUCAAACAAUAUGUUGAACAAUAUACUAGUCAACUGCAUAAUGAUGAUGGUAGUUCUGUCAAAGUUUCCUUUGAGACUGUUAGUGACCGUUGGGAGGUUGCUUUGUGUAUUUCUGACACUGGAAAUUUUAAACAAGUUUCUUUUGUUAACAGCAUUUCUACGCCAAAGGGUGGAACUCAUGUUGAUUUAGUUGCUAAUCAAAUUGCUGGCAGUCUUGUUGAAAUUGUAAAGAAGAAAGUUGGAAAGAAUAAUAUGGCAGUUAAACCAGCACAAAUAAAAAAUCAUAUGUGGGUUUUUGUCAAUUCCUUAAUUGAAAAUCCUGCAUUCGACUCACAAACAAAGGAGACGCUUACAUUACCUGCAAAAAGCUUUGGUUCAAAGUGUGAAUUGAGUGAAAAGUUUUUGAAAGAAGCACAAAAAUGUGGAAUUGUCGAUCUUGUUUUGAACUGGGUUCAAUUUAAGCAAAAUCAGCAAAAGGAUAAAAUUGGAGGGAAAAAGACUGCAAAGCUUAAGGGUGUUGCCAAAUUGGAAGAUGCGAAUGAAGCUGGAACUCGUAAUUCUCGUAAAUGUACGCUUAUUCUAACUGAAGGGGAUUCAGCCAAAACUUUGGCUGUUGCUGGUUUGGGAGUUAUCGGCCGAGAUUUUUAUGGUGUUUUUCCUCUUCGUGGAAAGCUUUUAAAUGUUAGAGAUGCAAAUCAUAAACAGAUAACAGACAAUGCUGAAAUUAAUAAUAUGAUUAAAAUUAUUGGUCUUCAAUAUAAAAAGAAGUAUGAUGUUGACGCCGAUUUGGAUUCUCUUCGUUAUGGAAAGAUUAUGAUAAUGGCUGAUCAGGAUCAAGAUGGUUCUCACAUCAAAGGAUUGGUCAUCAACUUUAUUCAUUCAAAUUGGCCUUCUUUAAUUCGGCGAAACUUUGUUGAAGAAUUUAUUACUCCAAUUGUUAAGGCAUCUAAAGGAAAAGAAUCUCGCAGUUUCUUUUCAAUCCCGGAAUAUGUUGAAUGGAGAAAAUCAACUGAUAAUUGGAAAUCUUGGAAAAUAAAAUAUUAUAAGGGAUUGGGUACUUCAACAUCCAUUGAAGCAAAAGAAUAUUUCUCAAAUAUGCUUCGCCAUCGCAUUCCUUUCAAAUAUAGAGAUGAAGAUGAUGACAGUGCAAUUGAAUUAGCCUUUUCCAAAAAGAAAAUUGAAGAUCGAAAGGAUUGGUUAACAAAAUGGAUGGAGGACAGAAAACGGCGCCGUGAACGUGGAGAUAUGGAUAUCUAUCUUUAUGAUAAAGAUACUCGGAGUGUUACCUUUUCGGAAUUUAUUAAUAAAGAAUUGGUGCUUUUUUCGAAUACAGACAAUGAACGCUCCAUUCCUAGUUUGGUAGAUGGAUUGAAACCUGGACAGAGGAAGGUUCUCUUCACAUGUUUCAAACGCGCCGAUAAAAAAGAAGUCAAAGUUGCACAAUUGGCUGGUGCUGUUGGUGAAAUGUCAGCAUAUCAUCAUGGAGAACAAUCAUUAAUGUCAACAAUUGUGAAUUUGGCUCAAAAUUAUGUUGGCUCUAAUAACAUCAAUCUAUUAAUGCCAAUUGGUCAAUUUGGUACUCGAUUACAAGGAGGAAAAGAUAAUGCUUCGCCUCGUUAUAUUUUCACUCAACUUAAGUAUGUGUUUGAAUGUUUUUAA